AUGAAUAGAUCGAACAAUUACAUUCGUACAACUCAAGUAACAACAAAUGAAAUAGAUAUGAAUGAUCAACACCAGAUGGAUGGUCGACAUCAACAACUUUAUUCUCAACCAGCAGUGUAUGUAGAUGACAACGAUAUGGAACAACAAGAAGGUCUUCUUUGUUCAUUAGAACAAAAUCCGCACAUGCUGCGGGAUUUCUAUCAAUUUAUCGAAUUUACACGAGUUCGUAGUGCUCAACAAUCUGUUCAGCAGAUGUGCUAUGGGCAAAGUAUACAAGAUCAACAGCCGAUUCCUUCUAUUUUAAAUGUUAAGACAAAUAUUCAGCAUAAUUCAUCAACUCCGAAACAUGGUCGACCUCUUAACGACAGUGGGGGUUCCAUCAGUUCUGCACCGAAACAACAUAAAUCAAGCAAAGGUACCCGCAUGCAAAUGGAAGAUACGGCAGUAAUUAAUCAACAACAACGAAAAUCACUUCCAUUCGAUCAGCUAAAACGAGCCGUGUCCUCUAAUCUACCGUGCUUCUUCAUCGAAUUCGAACAAUCUAUUACUUCACAGCGGCCUCCAUCGGCAUUUGAAGCCGGAAAUGUUAUUGAAAAGCAUUUCAAAGAACAAAAAGUAAACAUUGAACACUUCUCAUUAGUAGGAUGGUCAAGUAAUCGUCUGAAGUUGGGAGCGAAUAACAAAGACGAUUACAUGGUGUUAUUAGCAACAAA